AUCCACCCAUCUCCAAAGGCAUCCCUCAUUUCAAUAUACAUACAUCGUCCACUGUUCUUGUCUCCUUAAUACUGUCUUUAAUAGUCUUACUUGUAUUAUAAUCUUGUAGCUGCGUUGUGACAAUGGAGAUGGCAAAAGGGCCUUUGGCAUUCCUUCCUCAGCUGGCCUUCACUUUUAUACUGUGUUUUUCUGUUUGUGCAGGGUCAAGGACGCGUGGUGAUGAAGGAAAGCUGGUCCGAAACGGAGAUAAGCCAUCUUGGUGCAUCGCCAAGCCUUCAACCAAUAAUCUUAAGCUUUAUGAUAACAUUGAUUACAGCUGCAAGCAAAAUGGAGUUGACUGCAUUGCCAUUGCACCUGGUGGUAAAUGCUUUAAUCCAAAUAAUGCAGUUUCACAUGCUUCAAUGGCUAUGAAUCUCUACUACAAGGCUGCUGGAAAGCACACCUGGAACUGCCAUUUUAAUGGCACUGGUAUGAUCGUUCUUGUUGAUCCAUCGGUUGGAAGCUGCAUCUAUCAAGUUUGAGAGAUCCGGAAUCAGGCGAAGGGAAGACAUGCAUGCUGACAUGCCAAUUAAAUAAAUCAGAGUUGUUAACAUAGCCUGCUUGUAUCUUGUACAAUGCUCCUUGUAAGCUCAAGGAGCAUGAAGAGGCUGUGAAAACAAAACAACAGCAACUCUGCUUUGAUAUCCCCUCCAAAAGGCUACCCGAUAAAAGCAUUAUUAAGGAAGCAACAUUAUCACUUCA